GACACGUGACCGACUUCCGCCUGGAGUUUUCGCGACAGCUGGAGAGCGGUUGUGUACCGCCGGAGUAUCAGGGUCGAAUUUGUAUACACUUUAAUUACAGCUCCAUCGUUAUAAAAUGGGCGAUAAGAAGAGUCCGACCAGGCCGAAGAGGCUGUGUAAGCCGCCGUCAGACGAAGGCUGCUGGGACUGUAGUGUGUGUACUUACAGAAACACCGCCGAGGCGUUCAAGUGCAUGAUGUGUGACGUCAGGAAGGGAACGUCUACACGGAAACCUCGUGCAGUUUCACAGCUUGUGGCUCAGCAAGUACCUCCGCAGUUUGCUUCACCCACACAACCCAAAAAAGAGAAGAAGGAAAAGACAGAGAAGGACAAAAACGACAGGGAGCCAGCAAUGAAAAAGAACAGCCACAAAAAGAUGAGGCCCAGGUUAAAAAAUGUUGACAGAAGCAGUGCACAGCACUUGGAAGUCACAGUGGGAGACCUAACAGUCAUCAUCACAGACUUUAAGGAGAAAGCAAAGCCCUUAUCCUCCUCCACAAGCUCAUCCUCCUCCACAGCCACGUCAGCAGACCUGCGCAGCCAAAGUGGAUCUAGCUCGGAUAACACUGAGAGAGCGGUCUCCAGGUCAUCAUCUCCUCGGGGUGAUGGCUCAUCAGUCAACGGAGAAGCACACUAACCUCUGAUAAACCCUUCGUUUUACUGAAGGUCAAAGAUUUUCCCGCACAUAUCCCCACUCCCCCUGUUUUCUUUUGUUUUUUUUGACUGGACUGGAUGGGGCUUAGAGUUUUCCACAAACAGUCACUGCACUAAGAUCAUAGGAAGGUCUCAGUCGAGUAGCAAGACGUUACAGUACUGCCCAUGUAAAGUGUAACCAUCAGUGUGAUUUAAGAAUAUUGUUUAAGGGACUAUUUGAUCUAAUUAACAUCUCAUCCUUUCUAAACUCAUGGAACGGCUUGCUGAGACCGUUACAGAUGUGUCUGGAAGAAAAGAGAAUGUAAGAAGUGGUACGUUCCAAGCUCUCUCUCUCUCUCGCCUGACUGGUAAUUUCAAAAAAAGAACGUGGAUGAGAUCGAGGAUCAGCGGUUUUAGAUCCAGGACAACACAAACACGGGGACUGAGAUUGAGAUCCACUAACAGUCAAUGGCCAUAAUUUUGUGAAGUUCAACAUUGUUGGUAUUGUUCAUUUUUUUAAUGAGGAAUAUUUUGGUAUGAAUUUCUCAAAAGUGGAACGUUUACAGAAAAUAAAUGUGAAGAGUUUUAGGAAGGGAUGCAUCAGUACUGAUACCGGUAUUAGGUAACAUUUUGACACCGUGCCUAUUUAUGCAUACUUGUAAAAUUACUCGAAUAUCCAAUACCACGUGAUUACCAUGUCACGGAAGCCUAAUGUGUUGCCAUGCUAAUGACGAGACGACAUGAACGGACAGCAAUCUUAUCGGUUACCUUAAAUCAUGAUUAAUACUUGAAGCAUGACAGACUACAAAUGGCACUCUGUAAAAAAAAAACAAAAAAAAAACCUAAUCAAAAACAUCUCAGUAAAAAUAACCAGACAAAACGUAUUGUGACUUUUAAGCCGUGCGCAAACGUAUGCGGCCUGUGCAUACAGAGAAUUAUUAGUAAGUGUGGUCAUUAUAAUUAACCACAGGCUACUGUGAAUUGCAUGCACACAAUGAUCUACGCCACCACGGAGCAGUAAAGCGAGCAUGCAGAUGAACACAGACACACGAGAGCACUUCAGUUCUGCGAGCACUGAGACACUUUGCUUCGGUACAAUUCACAGCACACUGGCCUCGCUAUUAAUGGCCACUUUCCCUAAUGCUAAUUUGUAAUAACAAACUCGGGAUAAAAAGUUGCCCGUCGUCCAAUACGAACAGAACAAAAUAAAAUAAUCAUGAUGCUCCUGAUGGAUUAAGACUAAGUAGGUUUCUCAUUUUGUCGUUGCUACGAGUAACGCCACGUGUACCAAAAAAAAAAAACACACACUCGUACACGGUCUGGAAAGAAAAAAACCAGUAUUGAUGCAUCUCUAGUUUUAAGUAAUGACCUGGUGUUGUUUUGAGAAAGUUGUACGUACGCUAGUUACUUUAUCGAAUAAUAUAGCCACAGAGUUUUAUAAAAGUUUUGUUUUAUUGCUUCUCACUUUACUACACUGCACAACUGUGUUUAUCGAAAAAAACGAGAACUCCUUCCAACGGGUUACUGUUGUUGAGCAGCUUGUAAACCUUCAGGUGUUAAGGGGUUUUCCAAAGUUUGUGUAUUUGUACGUCCAUCAUCAGCGUGUGUCGUUAAAAUAUAAUUAUAGGACAGAUGUAUAAAACAGGUGUGAAUCCAUUCAAGUCAAGCUGAAUGCGGCGAAUGUUUCUGAGAAGGGUGUGUGUGUGUGUGUGUGUGAGCUUGUUUUUUAUUUUUAUUAACCCCAGUCCAUUGUAAUCAUCUUCCCCAAAUCUCACACUUUUGCAAUAUGAACUUAAAAGCAAUUGUUUUUAGAUACUUUUAAAGGUUAGAGAGCUGGAUAGGAAGCUGUAGAUCUAUUUUCCAUGUGGCUUAUGUCUGUAAAGAAGCAGUUUGAAUUUAAAAUGCUUAGAUAUAUAUAUAUAUAUAUUUUUCAAGAAAAGCCAUGUUUCUCAUAAAAGUAUACGAAAUCCUUUAUACGUUUGGCAUAAAGGGUUUAUAUAGAAUCAAGUAAUUAAAAGUUUACUGUGGUUCUUAUCGGUUAAGGUUUAUAUUGCAUUUCCAAAUAAAAUUCUGAUUAUUCUAUAA